GAAUCCCUGGAUCGCUCCCGCGAGACAGCGCGCCUCGGCGUAGCCCUGGUCAUGCUGGAGAACCUAUCAUAUCAACCUCCUGAAGGAAGGCCCCGAAUUCCACUCCAGCCAAGAAAGACCGAGUACUGGCUAAGAGAAUUCAGACUUCGAGGAUGCUUUCCGAACGUCUGCGGAAACCGUAUCAAGGCCGAAAUUUCUCAGCCGGUUCUUGCUGCCGCCCUAGCCCGGUCCGAAUUGACGAUCAGUGAUCUUCACGACGCGGGGCACAUCAAGCGUCUUCACCUUCCGGAAGGCGCUCUUUUGACGCAUUAUCAUGGACAGCAUCGAUUAGAAGCUGCAAAGCAGCAUAUCUAUCCGCACAAUGAGUGGUGGGCGGUCGAGCUCUAUGAUAAAGGUACUGAAUCUCAUAGCAGUACAGAGAGAUGGGACAACAAGUGUCGUGUGCAAGAGCAAGACCGUAAUAUCGAGUCGAUUCCACACGACGAUGGGACCGUCUUCCGAUUCCUGGAUGCGGAGCCUGACUGGAGGACGGCGUGGCGGUCGAAGGACGCGGAGAAUGACCUCAAAGCCAUGGAGAAGAGGCCAGCUUUGUACAAGGGCUUCACAUCUCUAAGACCAUUUGUCGGUCUCUGGGCAUCUUUUCAGAAAGGCACUUUACACCGGUAUAAAUCGCUCAGAUGUGAUGAAGAACUGAUACGAUAUUUAGACCGCAUUAAGCACGUCUGGACCUCCAUACUCGACGGUGACGAAGAGCUUAUAUAUAAUCUAGAUCCUGAGACCGUGGAGCUGUUUGAAGGGAGGGCCCCCAAAACGUCAUCAGCCGACAGAGACUUCAUUACCCGAGCUAUCGAGAGCAAAAGUGCAUUUCCAUUGUUGUAUAAUGAUGUCAAAAGAUUAGGACUGCUACAGAACGUUAUCGCUAUUGAUGGGAUGAUCCCCUCGAUCAAGACGCUCGCCAAGGAUUCCUUAUACCUGGAAGACUGUACGAAAGCAAUGCGGACGCUCAUC